GGUUUCCUUGAUGCCGGGGGGUUUUGCGGCCCCGGUUCCCCCGGGGCGCCGGAAAGCCCGGGGGGCCUUGGAGCGCCGCACCCGCACGCCCCUCGCCAGCCCUCCCGGGGCGGGCGGAGGUGCCAGAUUUAAGAGUAAAAAAAAGCGGCGCGAGCGGGAGAGAAGCGGGAGCGGGGCGGGGGCGAGGCUGGAGGGCAGCGGCGGGGCCGGCCGGGGUGCGAGCUGCCCGGCGCUUCCCUGCCUCCUGCCCCGCCGAGCCGGUGUCAGGUAUUGCUAGGAGGGGUAGGGGCCCGGGGAGGAGAUGGCUGGAGGCUUUCCAGCCCCGGCUCACGCAAUGCAAACUCCGCACGCAACGGGGAGGCGACAGGCGGAGGAGGGGAAGCUCUCCGGCUUCCUCAGCCCCCAAGAUGCAGGGGAGACCUUGCCUCCCGACAGGGAGGGCUGCGAGCCCGCCCGCCACCCCGCUCCCCUCCCGGCACCUCCUCCGCGAAAGCUUUUGGCCCCGGCCAUAAAAGCCUCGGCGGCUCAGCCGCUCCGCUUGGCGAGGGGCCCGAGGGCAGCCGGCAAAUAGCUGCGACCCCCUCAAGCCAGGGGAAGGGCCGGGCAGCGGCGAUUUGUCAGCGGGGCUAACUGCGGCACGCCCGCGCCGCGCCGCGCACCGCGGAUACCGGCGGAUUUAAAGCCGCGAGUACCAAUGCCAGGCGCCCAGUCACGGCUGCUCCGGCUCCGGCUCCGCCUGGGGGCAGCGGUCCGUCCUCCCCGCGUCCUCUGAGCCGCUCGCCUUCUCUCCCUGCAGCGGGCCGGGGUGGCCCCGUCCCGUCCCCGCAGCCCGGCAGGCGGGUGGGAGGGAGGGAGGGAGGGAGGGGGCGGCAGCAGCAGCCUGCUCGCCCCCGGCCCGCGGGGCUGCACCGGCAGGGAGAGCUCCGAAGGGUUAAAGCGCUGGGAAGGUGAUAGUAACUCUGCGCUGGGAUCGGGUGCAACUGGCAUUUUCCUGCACAUGACCUGCCAAGCUCCGGGUGACAGGAACCGGGGCUCCUAAUGAGUUUCCCAGAAGCUGGGAUCUGAACCUCGCCGUCGCCGCUCUCCUCCUGCGGCUGCCCGGCUCCCCUCCGUCCUCGCCGAGGUCUCGGAUGGAAGCAGCGUGCAACAGGAUCCGGGCGGGCUUCAGGCACGCGAGGGGUGCAUAGCAAGGACGCAGAGCAAGGACGCACAGCCCGACUCCGAGCGCCGAGACGGCUGCCGGCGCUCCCCUCCGCCAGUCCCCAGCGCGCCCCCGUCCCCUCGCGCGCCCGGGCCUCUCCCCGCCCGCGGGCGGCGCGGCGCGCCCCAGCCCUUCCGCGGGGUCGCUGCCCGCUGACCUUUCCCCUUCCCUUGCAGCAUGGCCCUCGAGAGGCUCGGGGAAGCCCUGCGCGGCCUCCCCGCCUCGCAAGGCUGCCUGCUGCUCCUCCUCUGCCUGCUCGCCGCCGUCCACCUGGGCAAGCUCCUCCUGCAGCGGCAGCAGCGCCGGCGGCAGAGCCAGCGCCGGGCGCCGCCGGGCCCCUUCCCCUGGCCCCUGAUCGGCAACGCGGCGCAGCUGGGCAGCGCGCCGCACCUCUCCUUCGCCCGCCUGGCCAGCACCUACGGCGCCGUCUUCCAGCUGCGCCUGGGGCGCUGGCCCGUGGUGGUGCUGAACGGGGAGCGCGCCAUCCGGCAGGCCCUCGUCCGCCAGGGGGCCGCCUUCGCCGGCCGGCCGCCCUUCCCCUCCUUCCAGCUGGUGUCGGGCGGGCUCAGCCUGGCCUUCGGCGGCUACUCGGAGCUGUGGAAGCUGCACCGCCGGGCGGCGCACGCCACGGUGCGGGCCUUCUCCACCGGCAGCCCCGCCACCCGCCGGCUGCUGGAGCGGCACCUGGUGGGCGAGGCGCGGGCGCUGGUGGCGCUGCUGGUGCGCGGCAGCGCCGGCGGCGCCUUCCUCGACCCCUCGCGCGUCCUGGUGGUGGCCGUGGCCAACGUGAUGAGCGCCCUGUGCUUCGGCCGUCGCUACAGCCACGGCGACGGCGAGUUCCUGCGCCUGGUGGGGCGCAACGAGCAGUUCGGGCGGGCGGUGGGCGCCGGCAGCCUGGUAGACGCGCUGCCCUGGCUCCAGCGCUUCCCCAGCCCCGUGCGCGCCGCCUACCGCGCCUUCCGCGACCUCAACCGCGACUUCUACGGCUUCGUCCGCGGCAAGUUCCUGCAGCACCAGCGCAGCCUGCGCCCGGGGGCCGCCCCCCGCGACAUGAUGGACGCCUUCAUCCGCCUGCAGCGGGAGCAGCCGCGGCUGCAGCUCGAGCACGUGCCCGCCACCGUCACCGACAUCUUCGGCGCCAGCCAGGACACCCUCUCCACCGCCCUGCAGUGGCUCCUCAUCUUCCUCAUCAGGUAUCCGAACGUGCAGGCUAAAAUGCAGGAAGAAGUGGAUAGGAUUGUUGGAAGAGACCGUCUGCCAUGUGCUGAAGAUCAGCCUCACUUGCCCUACGUCAUGGCUUUCUUGUAUGAAUCCAUGCGUUUCAGCAGCUUUGUGCCUGUUACUAUCCCACAUGCCACCACAACCAACACCUUCGUAAUGGGCUACCUCAUUCCCAAGGACACAGUGAUUUUUGUUAAUCAGUGGUCAGUGAAUCACGAUCCAGCAAAAUGGUCCAACCCAGAGGAUUUUGAUCCAACGAGAUUCCUGGAUGAGAAUGGAUUCAUCAAUAAAGAUCUUACUAGUAGUGUGAUGAUUUUCUCAUUGGGAAAACGUCGGUGUAUUGGAGAGGAGUUAUCCAAGGUGCAGCUGUUUCUCUUUACCUCCAUACUGGUGCAUCAGUGCAAUUUUACUGCUAAUCCAAAUGAGGACCCUAAAAUGGACUUCACCUAUGGGUUGACCAUUAAACCUAAGCCAUUUACCUUGAAUGUUACGCUUAGAGAUACUAUGGAUUUGCUCGAUCAGGCUGUCCAAAGACUGCAAGCAGAGAAAGCAGCCAAUGAAAAUCAGCUGUCAGCAAAUGCCUAAGCAACAAACCUUACAUCUAAAAAUAACCCCCCCUCUCUCUUUUUAGACUUAAAUAAGUUAUAGUUUGUUCUGGCAAUCUUUUUGGAAACUAGCCAGUAUUACAAGUUACAAGAGCAGGAAGAAAAACUGCACAAGGUAUAAUUCAGUCCUCUUUUUAAUUCUAGAAGGAGAGCCAGGGGAACAAUUUAAUAUAUUAAAUGAUAAAACAUAUGCAAUUUGAAAGUAAGCCUUUUCUUUUCUAGCUUGUUCACAGAAAUCGCUGUUAUAAAGAGUUUUUUAUCUACUGACUGGUUGGAGCAUCUCCAGGAACUGUUUAUACAAUCCUUUCCAUGUCUCCAUGCGCUAUGCCUUGAACUCUAAGUUCGCCUUCAGUGACUCCACAUCCCAAAGUGAAAUACCUUAUUAAAAAAAAAAAAAAAAAAAAAAGAGGAGGGUAGGGUGGGGUGGAUCAGCCUGCCUCUGAAUUCACCCUACUGGAAACUGCCAUAGGCACAUGGCAGCUCCUGUGUUGUGACUGCUGGGAUGUACAUUAAUGCCUCAAUGAUAAAUGUUCAAAUGAUUUUUGGUAAAAUGACAAUGUAAAGUCUUGCCUUUAGCAUUCAAAAGUGUUUACAUAAAUGACUAAAACAAGACUUGCUUAUAAGCACAUUUGAAAAAAAAAUUCAUAUUUUGUAGGAGAAUGAACAGAAUGUCCUAGUAUAGUAACUUUUCAUUAAGUUUUGAAAGAUCAGAUUUCAAAUGGCAAGGGUGAUACAAACCAUAUGCUAAUCUGUUCAUUAGCAUAUUUAUGAACAAAAUAAAUAGUUGAAUUAGAAAGUUUUAUAAAGGUAUAGCUGAACUUUGUAUUUCUCUAGUAAAGAGUUAAUAUCCCUGUCCCUAGGCACAUAGGAAAGCCCAGUAAAAUCCACACGGGCCAAGGUAUUUAGAAGUGAGAAUGUGGGGUUUUCAUAUUAAAACUUUCAUGCUGCAAGCCUCAAGUAAAGCGUACAUCAAAUAUACACCUGCUCACUAGUUAUUCUGUAGGUUGAGUUAAAUGGUAUAUCCAAAAAUCAACUAGGUACUUUUAGUACAAUUUUCUCAGAACAAUCUCAGAAGGAAAACUAGCAUUACAUGUCCUAAUUAAUGUACCCAUUAACUGAAGAAAAAGUACUUUUAAAUUUUUUGUAAGGCAAAGGACAUAAAAUAAAAAACCAAAACCAACCAAAACUAUUAUUUUGAAGUAAAACACACAUAUGAAACUUUAUGGCCUUGAACUUCUGUCUAAUGUUUGUGUACACAAAGCUGCAUGUAUUUCUCUAAAGAGCAACCAACCCUAUGUAAAUGCCUGAUUCUGAAAAGUGUUGGGCACUUCUUUAGAGCUGCAUAUGACCUUCAAUAACACAUGAAAUCCAUCAGAAAUGAGAGUACCUCACAUGACUUGCUGUGGUCAGCCUAAUACUAAAUAAGGUAUUAGUAGAGCUAGAAAAAUAAGGGUGCAAUUCUACACAGUAAAGUAGCUCUGCUGAGACCUAAGCAAGUGAAGAUUUGCACUGGGUCUUCUGACUGGGUCUCUCAGACUAAGACUUCAGCCAGUCUUAGUCACAUUGGCUGCAGUGACAGAACUCAUACUGACAUUGGGAAGAGCUGAGUUAACGACACAAUCCUGAUCUUCUUAAGUAGAAGCUUCAUUACUGAUUUUAAAAACGUGAAUCAAGCCUGAAAGUACUGCUCCAAAACCCCAAACAGUAGUAAUGUACCUGUUUAAAGUCUCUGACUUCAUAUGGCAUCUAUCUUCUUUUUUUAGAGCUAAAAAAGUUUUCUAUUACAUACACAAAGGAGUAACCUCAGGUGUUUUUCUGAAUUAUGUACAAGUCUGUGAUAUCCCAGAACUUAGCCUAUACCUGUGAAAAGCUUUAUAAGAUACUCAGCAUUUUCAUAUGGAGAUCUACAUUAGAUCAGAUGCUAGCAAGACAAUUUUCCUUGUACCUUUGUAAGUAUUGUUAUUAAAAAAAAAAAAAUAAAGGAUGUAACCUACAACUGAAUAGUUAUUCUAAUGCAAGGAUCACCCAUUCAUAUUUUAAUAAAAAUGGCUUUUGCAAUUUUGUACUCUUCCAAAAGCUUUAACUAUGCAUUGGCUACUAAUGCAAUGUCCAUUUACACUGCUCAUGUCUGUCAGGGGGUCACACACUAUAUAGCUGUUGGUCCAAAUAAUGCCUUGUAUAAUCGUGAAGUUACUCAAAUUUAGUAGCACCCAUUUAGAAUGUAUGCAGUUGUUCAGUGAGUUAACUUCUAUGGUCAUUUUGAGAUGUAUCAUUGUGUUACCAAAAUACUAAAUAAAAUUAUUCCUACACUGCC